UUUUUGUUAGAAAAUAAUCAAAUUGUUAAAUGCUUAAAGUACACAAAAUGUCAGAAAUCUGCACUGUCAUGAACAAAAAUUUAAACCUAAUUUUUCGUGAUUUGUUGGAUUAACCCUCUGAGGUCUGAAUCCCAGGCUGUGCACAUCAACAUCACAGAUUUGUACAAAUAAAGUUUAUAACAAAGACAUGUUAAAUAUUAAGCACUGAAAACAGCUUGGUUGUUGUUGUUUGGAACGUCAUUUAAUGCAUGUUGUUUGGUUGCCAUAGUGAUGCCUUGAUGCUAAAAUGACAUCACAGCAUUUAAACAUGUUUUGGAUGAAAACAUCAGCAUAUGAAAACAGAACUGAAGAGACACUGCAACCAAAGCAGACGACUAGUGAAAUUUCUACGUUUCCCUGAGGAUUAACUGCUCUGCAAUUUACCAAGAACUAAAUCAAAAUGAAUGGAAGAGGAGAUGAAUCACAAAAUAACCGUAAUGGCCGACAGGUUAACCCAGAAAAUCUUCCAAGUGGAGAUCAGGAACCAGCUUAUGAAGCAGCUUAUGAACCAGCUUAUGAAGCAGCUUAUGAACCUGUUGGUGGAUUCUGGGGUUUACUGAACAGUCUUCAUCGUGCUCUCUAUAAUAUCUAUUUUUCGAGGCUGAAUGAGCUGUUAGAUGAAUUAGAGGAACGAUAUGAUGUCUUUGACAUUGACAAUCUCAAUGACGGCAAUGUUAACAAUGUAAACAUUAACAAUAUUAAUGUGAGAGACAAUAAUGCCAAUGUUGACAACAAUGAACUGCAUGAUGAUCAUAAUGCUGUUGUUGUCGACAUUGAAAAUGAUGAUUCUGAUGAGGCAUUUGAAGACUGUGAGGAUGUUCACCAGUACAUCCCUGAAGAGGAUCCUCAGCCAGGUCUAUCCAGGAGGAGGCCUAGAGAGAUGGAUGAAGAAGAUGUGGAACCAAACAAAAGAUUCAGAUGGAGCGAGGAGUUUUCUGAUGAUGACUCUGACUUCAUCUCUGCCUGCGACACUGAUAGCGAGAGCAGUAGUGAUGAACUUUUUGAAGACGCACUUGAAGAGUUUGACAACCAUGAAACUGGAGGCUCGAGGAAGCGGUCCCGAGAGGAUUUUGAGGAAGAAGAGGAAAACUCGCGUGUUUGCAAACUUCGGAGAUGUUCAGAUGAGUCCACCAGCACCAGUGAUGACAACUAACACUAUUCCGACGGCGUUUUCAGUAUCCUUUUAGCAGGCUGAUGGCCUACUCAUGUGACCCUUAAUCUUCCUUGCAGGCUGCAAUAAGCUGGGCAUACACUGUGCAAUUUCUUCAGUCGCGUUAUUCAGCUCCUGCUCAAACUGUCCGAUUGACUCGCAGGGGCUAGAAGUUCGUAGGUCACGAUGCAGGGUCUCACACUAUACGGCCCGAUGCUCUGUGGGACCUGAGUGCUCACACUGUGCGUCCAUAGCAUGAAGGUUAAAACACAAAAUCUUACACUAUUUUCACGGUUGUUGCAGUCGCGAUAAUUUUGUGAGGUCACGUCGAAAAGGCUCUGAUGACCUUGCCAAAGUUCUACAAGUCGUGCCUCCAUCGCUUGUGUCCGGAUCACACGCCGCACUGCCGUGCUGUUCCGUCUUUUCGCUUUUAUUUCUGUGUUUGCGCGUGCGCAGUGUGAGACGCUGCGUUGACACCCUCACGAUGGCCGACAGGAUUUCAAAAAGGUUUUAUUUCCUUACGACCAAACGAUUGAUGAUUGGGAGCUGGUCGUGAGGUGUUAAUCGCUUCUCGUUACCCCAUUUAUACGAUGCACGACACGUGAUUAAGGCCAAACUCGGGCCGAUCCCCAAAACGGUCGCACGACUGAAAAAUCGGCUCAAAAUGGGCCAAAAAUCGCACAGUAUAUGCCCAGCAUUAGGCUGCCGGGGGAUUCCCAUCAUGCACUGGAUGU